AUGACGGAUACACCAGGUUCACAGGAUGACAUUCAAAGUGCCAGGGUAGUCUCAGAACACCUUCCCACUGGCUACACUGCUCAAUUUGAUGGACUACGUGACGAUACGAGGCAAAAUGCAUCUGCUUCAGCACCAGACUUGACAGAGACUCAAGAAGAGUCAUCACUGAAGCUACAAGGUGGCGACAUUCAUCGGGAGCUAUUCAGGAUAGAUCAAAGAGCGAAACUUGCCAAACGGGCGGCAACAUUUUCACAUCCGCGGGCCAAAACAUCAACGACAGGAGAUGAGGAGCAACUUACUGCUACUGAGCAGCGUUUGCCAGGUGGGUUUCGUCGAGACUUCAUCCAACGCCAGAAAGCACCGAUUCUGGCAGCGCGUAUACCAGUUACACGAAAUUUUGUGGAGUUCCUGAGCUUAUAUGGUGACUUCGCUGGUGAAGAUCUGGCCGAUACAGAUGAUGAAGCUAUCGAGAGUGACGAAGAGGAAGAAGAAGAGCAGAACCAGCAACCUGAUGAACGUCGACCGCUUCUUCGUCGUGCCACCACUACUCGCAGAAGCAAGAGGGGAGCUGCACAAGGUGACGCAGGUACGACCAAAACCUUCUUUACUCUUCUGAAAGCCUUCAUUGGCACUGGUAUCAUGUUUCUGCCCAAAGCCUUCAACAACGGCGGUAUUGUCUUCAGCAGCAUGGCUCUCGUCGCUGUUUCUCUAAUUAGCAUGCUGGCUUUUCACCUGCUUCUGCAAUGCCGUCGGCAGAUUGGCGGAGGAGGCUACGGUGAGAUCGGUGAAGCCGUCGGCGGCUCGAAGAUGCGUGGCAUCAUCCUUGGCUCAAUCACUCUUUCUCAGCUCGGCUUCGUCUGCGCGGGUAUCGUCUUCGUUGCGCAGAAUCUUUACUCCUUCGCCAGCGCCAUCUCCAAACAAUCAGAAUCUCCCAUCCACACCAACGUCCUCAUCGCUCUCCAACUCCUAGUCAUCAUCCCACUUUCCUUCAUCCGCAACAUCAGCAAACUCGGGCCUGCAGCUCUCCUCGCCGACGUCUUCAUCCUCAUCGGCCUCGUCUACAUUUACUGGUACGACAUCGGCACCCUCGCCCAACAAGGCAUCCACGAAUCCGUCGUCCUCUUCAACCCAUCCCACUACACCCUAACCAUCGGCUCCUGCAUCUUCACCUUCGAAGGCAUCGGUCUCAUCCUCCCCAUCCAAUCCUCUAUGCGUAACCCCGCCCGUUUCGAGCCUCUCCUCGGCAUCGUCAUGCUCCUAAUCACCAUCAUCUUCACCAGCGUCGGCGCUCUCUGCUACGCCACCUUCGGCAUCGACACCAAAAUCGAAGUCAUCAACAAUUUCCCCCAGAGUUCCAAACUCGUCAACGCAGUGCAAUUCCUCUACAGCGUCGCGGUCCUCGUCGGCAACCCUGUCCAACUCUUCCCCGCCAUCCGUAUCCUCGAAAACAGGAUGUUCAGAAAGGCCACGCCUGGCUCGAAAAGCACGGCUACGAAGUGGAAAAAGAAUGCCUUCCGUGCUCUUCUUGCUGUCUUCUGUGGCGGGAUUGGGAUUUUGGGCGCGAGUGACCUCGAUCGCUUUGUGGCGUUGAUUGGCAGUGUUGCUUGUGUGCCGUUGGUGUAUAUCUACCCGCCGCUGUUGCAUUACUGGGGUGUGGCGGAUAAAAAGUGGACUAGGGCGGGGGAUUUGUUGUUUGUUGUUUUGGGAGUUGGGGCGUGUGUGUAUACGACUGUGGUUACGGUUAUCAAUAGCUUUUUGCAAUGA